CUCCUUGAUUGAUAUGAUGAACGCACAGGAAUCUAAAACAGCCAGUUCCACCCAUCAGCCGGACCAUCUAUACAAAGGAAGGCGAGCUUCAUUGCCCCUCAACAUCGUGGUCAUAGGAUGCGGUAUGGGAGGUCUCGCCGCUGCAUACUGCCUCGCACAGGCAGGCCACAACAUCACCAUUCUCGAAGCAGCGUCAGCCAUUGGUGAGGCAGGCGCUGGCGUUCAAGCCAGUCCUAACGUCUCGCGUCUCUUGAUGCGCUGGGGUCUCGGCCCAUAUCUUGAGAAAUUUGGCGUCAAAAUUCAGGCUCUGAGCUUUAAACGAUGGAGCAACGAUGAGGUCGUAGGGUGGACGCCGCUUGGGGAUGUGAUUGAUAAGGAAUACGGUUCCCCUUUCUACCUCUUACACCGAGCUGAUUUACACAACAUGCUCUACGAAGCUACUGAGGCAUACUGUAUUAUCCGUGUUAAUAGUCGCGUCAUAUCCGUGGACCCAUCGAAACCUAGUGUCACUCUUGCUUCUGGGGAGGUCGUAUUUGCUGACCUAAUCAUUGGCGCCGACGGAGUCAAAAGUGUUACUCGGGAGUAUGUUGUCGGUGGGCCCGAUAAACCCAGGGUUACCGGAGAUGCUGCUUACAGAGCCAUCAUCCCGGCUGAGAAACUCCUACAGGACGAUGAGCUGAAACCGUUGGUGGAGAAAAUGGAAUCGACUAUAUGGAUGGGCCCCGGAGGUCACAUCGUUGGCUAUACUAUUCGUGCCAAGAAAGAAUUUAACCUUGUCAUGGUGCACCCUGAUGAAGCUGAAGGAGGCGUAGAAUCAUGGACCGCUGAAGGUAACGUAGACAAAAUGAGGGAGAACUAUAAGCAAUGGAGCACCACUGUUCAAAAGCUCCUGGCGCUUAUUCCGUCAACGCUCGAUUGGAAGUUGAUGGACCGAGACCCACUGCCUUCGUGGAUUCACAAGGAUGGCAAGUUGGUCUUGUUGGGCGACUCGUGCCACCCAAUGCUGCCGUACCGUGCGCAAGGGUUAGCUAUGGCGAUUGAAGAUGCUGCCGUCUUAGGCAACAUAUUCUCGCAUUGCUCGGACCGCUCGCAGAUCUUGCCUCUCCUCUAUGCCUACCAAUCUAUCCGGUACGAUCGUGCCACCGCGACGCAGAAGUCCUCAAGUCUAAACCGGUACAUAUUUCACAAACACGACGGGCCAGAGCAAGAGGAUCGUGAUCGCGACAUGCGCGCGGCCAUGGAGGACGGCUUGCGCGUUGCACGCGGGGAGCAGAGUACCCUUGUGCUAGCGGGAAAUGCGAAUCAGUGGGCUGACAAGACGAAGAGCGACAUCCAAUUUGGAUACGAUGCGGACGAGGAGUCAGAAAAGUGGUGGCUCGCGAAUGGGAAUAAGCUUAUGACCCUGGUUCCUUCAAUUUGACGCGAGCCAAGAGUUGUGCGUUUUGCAAAUCGUGUCACUAACACCAUGCGAGUCUUUUAGUUGUUAUUUAUAUUGGUUCUAUUUUAGACUAUUGGCUGAUACACAGGUAUCGAGUGUGGUGGCCGUUUGGCUUAGCGGUCUCAUCCUACACUAGUACCUAUUGCGCAGCUGACCUGUAACGUUUCGAAUUUUCACAAUACUUAUUCUGUCAGGAUGAAAUAUUCUGAACAUCUCUUUGACAAUCGAAUAAAAUUCUUACGCU